UUAACUUGCUGGCUAAAUACAUGGAGGCCUACAACGUGGCUUGGUGAGGACAGGACGAAGGGUGGUGUCAAACUACUUUUAAGGGCUACUCGACUGGCCUGUGUUUUUUAAAGAAAUAGUUCAUUUAAAGCUCAUGGAAAACAAUGGUUUGUUUGAUAAGUGAGAAGAAAUAUGAUUUGGAAUAACCAUAUUUUAUUAACAAACAUUAGUGAUACAGCCUCCAGUAUCCUACGCACAUCUAUACCUGAACGGACCAUUUGCAUUGUUUCUGAACUGAAAUUGACAAGGACACUCCAGUAGGAAAUGUAAUUAAUGGCAUUUUAGCCAAUAGCCUACAUUUUGAUUAAUCAAAAUGUGAAUUUGAAUUGUCCUUUUGGCUAGGUUACUAGCAGGGUUGGGUUUGUUACUUUCUAAAUGUAAUCCGUUGGUAGCUAGUUACCUAUCCAAAACUGUAAUCUGUAAUUUUUGGAUUACCCAAUCUCAGUAAUGUAAUCUGAUUACUUUCACAUUGGAAAAAGGCAUUAGAAGACAAAAAGGAUCCAUCAAAUGCAUUUGGUGUGUCGUCAUAGUGGUCUCUGACAUGUGGUCAGACUCUUUAAACGUGUGCCUUUUUUCAAUGCUGAAUUGAAUGUCAUUGAGAAAACAAAGGUGUCAGUGUAUUGGCAAAAUCCUUUCUGAAUUUAAAAGUAAUCCAAGAAGUAAUCUAGUUUUUCAAAAGUAUCUGUAAUCUGAUUACCAACAAAAAUAUUGUAAUGUAACUGGAUAAUUUUUUUGUAAUCAGAUUGCAUGUAACAGGUUACUCCCCAACCCUGAUUACCAGUGCAUACAAUUAUUAAACAUUUAGCCUAAUAAUUUUUAUAUUGUUUUGUAACUAUUUUGUAACUAUUUUGUAGACUGAUGUAGGCUUAGCCUGUAGGCUUAGCCUGUAGGCUAGUAGACUAAUUCAUCAAUUUAGAUUCUCACCAGAGGGUCUUGCAUUAAUUGUGCAGGUGAGUGGCUAGUCUCUGGUUUAGGAGCUGACGGAGCAAGUUACCAAAUGAAGAGGGCAUAGUGAGCAAAUUCUCCCGCUACACUUGAAGGACACAUUGCAUGAAUACAAUGCCCUUGUUCAAUCAAAUUCCCAAACACUAGAAGCUGAUAAACAACAGGAAAUGCAUGUAAAGUGUGUUGUAAGCCAAAUUAGUCUAAUCUUUUCGGAUAGGCCUACAGUUUUUGGAUAACCCUACACUUCUUCACUCUAUAGCAGACAGUGGAUAUGACAUGUCCGUCACAAAUAUGAAAACAAUGCAUUUUUUUUUAUUCAAUCUCAUCAUGUUCCAGCACAUUAUUUCUUACAUACAAUUUGGACAGCUAAAUGUUAUUUUUUGAUGCCAUAAUAAUUCAUGUAGACAUCCUGACAUGUUAGUUAGUUCUCUAUUAUCUGGUCACUGACAUGAGCCAUUAUUCUAACAUAACAACAUAUUUGGAUUCUUCCAGGAUGUCAACUGAAAAUAACCAUAGUUCAACUUUAUGUGCUUUAAACGAAAAUAAGAAUAUAAUACAACAUUUACUAUGGAGGACCCUACUGUAAUGGAGGAGUGGGUAGAGGACUUGGCUAUUACCACAUCAAUUUCAUCUGACAGCGUCACCAGUAAGCCAAACCUGGCCAACAAGGAUGGGGUGGAGGACCAAUCUGUAACCAUGACAGGCAAGGAUGCGAGCUUAACCAGCGUAACCAUGGCUUCAUCCACCGAUGCCAUAACAAACACUGAAGUCAACCUAGCUAUGGCAUCAUCCACACAGAGUGAAGCUAACUUAGGCAUAGCUUUAUCCACUGACGCCAUUACAAACAAAGAAGCGAGUAGAACUAUAGCCUUACCCAUGUAUAGUAAGGCAAACACUGAUGCUAAGGCAGCCAUCCCACCCAUAGCAUCAGCAUCUCCAUCAUCAGCUGCCACCAUGACAAACAGUGAUGCCAAACUAGCCCUCCCCUCACCAUUUUCAUCACCCGCUGCCAAUGGCCCAGCCCCCGGAGGCCUGCAGCCCGAGGAGGGAGGCCCCUCAGCGGUGAGGUCAUGUGGCGGUGUGGGGGUCACUCUGGAGAACAGCAAUGUCUGGAAGGAGUUCCAUCGCUGUGGAACCGAGAUGAUCCUGACGAAGCAGGGCCAGCGCAUGUUCCCCUACUGCCGCUACCACCUGACGGGUCUGGAACCAACACGCCGUUAUGCUCUAGUCCUGUCAAUCACCCCCAUCGACACAUACCGCCAUCGCUGGAACCUGGAGUGGGAACCCAGUGGUCCUGGAGAACCACACACCCAGGCCUCAAGCAGAGUCUUCCCCCACCAGGACUCGUCAGCCCUGGGGAAGGUCUGGAUGGCCAGCCUGGUCUCCUUCUAUAAACUCAAACUCACUAACCACUGCCUGGACCAGGAGGGGCAUGUGAUGUUGCACUCCAUGCACCGCUACAGGCCCAGUUUACACGUGAUCCCCAUCGCAGAGGGAGAAGACCUUGGCUUUGACCCUAAACUGCUCUACCUCCAGCUCUUCAGUCCGAAGGUCAUGACCUUCACGUUCCCGCAGACAGAGUUCUAUGCUGUGACGUCAUACCAGAACACCAUGAUCACCCAGCUGAAGAUAGACUAUAAUCCCUUUGCUAAGGGCUUCAGGGAGGACAGCGGCAGCCGGCGCCUCACCAAGCCCAGGCCAGAGCAGUCUCAGGCGGGGAAGGAAGAUACCUGCUCCCCUGGUCUGAGCUCCGCUAGGCCCGAUGGUCGUGAGGGGACUGAGCAGAUUGUGACUGUGAGUGGCGUGGCUGAUCUCAGACCAAAUCGCUCAUUGUGUUGUAGCAUGAAGAAAGAUUAUCUCUCUACUAUUCACCCUGUGGAGGCUGAAGUCUCAGGAAAGCUGAGGAGAGUUGCCCCUGGUACAGCCCCUCCAGCAGACUCCAAUGCCAGCCAGACUGAUGUGUCUGCCAGUGAGGAGGGGAUAGAUCUUGACGAUAGUGAUGGUGACCACGUCUUCCACAGACGGUACCUCCAAGCCCAGCUAGCCCUGCCUUCAGGAGCCUCCAGGCCUGGGGAGAGACAGGGGGCUGGGGAGGAGAGACAAGGUGGGGCUGGGACGGACCCCUUCAUACAGGCCAGCCUGACUGCUAACCCUCAUAAUGCUACACAGUAUGCUGUGUUACACACCAACAGCUGUUCAAAGCCUUCAGAACCUUCCACUGUAGAACCAAUGAAGUCUGAGGUUCCGUCCUCAAAGAAGGUUACGUUUGUAGAACCCACCAUGACCUCGCCCAUUUUGGUUCCCGAACCUCAAGAGGGCAAGGCUGCCAGCUUAACCCCUAAAACAUCCAAAUUACAGAAGAUCGCUCCCAAACCUUUCCCCCCUACCCCCUCACCUGCAACCCCCACCGCCUCACCCUUUGCCAUCCCAAAGCCAUGGAAGAAGGGGCGGAAAUCAGGGGGCAAUCGUUGGGGCAAUGCAGGAAGAGUCACUAAGGGGACUAAUGUGGCGAUGGCGGCUGUCACGUUAACAAGCAGCCCGGUAACUGUCGCUAUGCAGCCGCAACUGGACGACGUGGAGGGUCUACUUUUUGUGUCCUUUACUUCCAAGGAAGCUCUUGGUGUCCGUGUGGAGGAUAUGCCACCCAGUAACACGUCACCAGUCAUGCAGGAACACCCAGAGAGAACUGAUGGAAGCAGGUCCUUUGUCUCCAGGACAGGGAAGACCAGUGACCUGACCAAAAUCAAGGGCUGGAGGGACAAGUUCAUCAGGACCAGAGUGUCCUCUCAGAACCACAACCCCAACCGCUCUGCCUUCUGCAGCGACAUGCUCGACCAGUACCUGGAGAGAGAGGCCCAGCGAAUCAGAGCCUGCACCGACGUCUUCUCCCACAACCCCCUGGGCUCCGUGGCCUAUCAGCUACCUGUGACCAGCACCAGCUACGUGCGGACCCAGGACAGCAUUUUGAAGAUGCGCCACCCUCCGCCUCAGCCACCUGCCUUCUGUAGACCCUGCCCCCUCUCCCGGAAACCUCUUCUGUACUCUGCUCUAAAGAAGCCCCCUCCACCUAUCACCGACCACGUGACCCCUCCUAAAGCAGCCAAGCCCAAACCAAAACAUGCACCACCACAAGGCAAACAGCACCAUAUAACACCAGCGCAGGGCAGAGGCAGAUUCGCCUCUGUACUACGGCCCGUUCAGGUCUCCAACAGUAACAAAACAACUGCUGCUGAAGCUACAGCUGAGGUGAAAGUCACCAGCCCUAAUGCACAAAGGUCACUUCCAGGUAAGGGCGCAGUGAGGAGGGACACCAGCCCAGGAGGAAGCCUCUCCAGCGGGUUGAGUGGCCUUUCUAAGAACCAGCUCAGACUGCUUGGCCUCUCUAAGAUCCAGCUGAAAAUGAUGGAGAUGGAGGAUGCCACCUUCUACCAGGGACGCGACAGAACACACAUCACUACUGAGAGGGUGGAGACGGCCCUGAUGGCCCUGCUCACUGCACAGGGUCUUCCUAAGAUUAGAGCCCCCAAGGCCAGCCCAGUGGACGGUCCAGAGUGUGGUUCUGACUUCUGCAGGCUGGGGUGUGUGUGUUCCAGCCUGGCCCGGGUGUCCAGGGGUCCACUCCACUGCUACAGGCCAGACUGUAUGUUGGGCUGCACCUGCUUCAAAUGCAAGAUUACCAAACAGACCACAGCAGCAGAUAAUCACCAGAACCAGAUGCUUCCUGUUUACACUAUGUCUAAGGUGGACCAUGAGGUCCAGCCCAAUCAAGGCAUCCGCAUCUUUACCCUGUGGGACCUCACCUCAGGGGUGGACCCCGAGCCCCUCUUCAUCCCCAAAACUGCUGCCAACAUACCCAUCAAGCCUCUAACCAGGAUCUACCACCUUGAUUACAUCCCUCGUCUCACCCCUAAGCUGCGAGAGGAGGACAAGGACCCAGUCCACAAGUACGUUGAGAGUGUGAUGACGUGUGCCCGCGUCAGAGAGUUCAACACCAAACCCCCUCCCCAGAUGCUGCCGCCACAGGUGCACCUAUUCAACGACAGUAACGGUUUCAUCAUCCCCAGCAGCGGAAAGAAAAAGAUUGCUGCCAUCCUCUCACCUCAAAGUAAACCAGUUGUACCAAGGAAGAGUCCUCCCACCCAGGCCAAGAAGCCUAAAGGUCCUCCUGAGCCCACCAUAGAGCUGGAGAUCCAGUCAGAGUGUAACUGGGACCAGCAUCGGAAACUGGUCCUGGGGGUUCUGUGUCGACGCAUGACCCAGAACCGUCUGUCCGAACCCUUCAACAUCGGCCGCUACCACGUCCACCUCCUCUCCAACACACACACAUGCAAGGCCGAGGGCAACAUCACAUUCAAGGUGUGCAUCAGUAAGGCUAAAGACAACAAUACUGAUUAUAUUGACGAAUCCGAUAGUGGAGUCACAGAUGACAAUGAUGAAGAUGAGAAGGAGGAAGAGGGCAUCCCUAAGCCAGAGCCUGAGAAGCCGGAGAUGCAAGUCGCCGUGACUCGCUUUCUAACUGGAGUGUUGCCAGCAGGCAGACUGAGAGCCAGGAAGAAACAACGAGCCUGCCCUGCUGUAGGACUCAUCCAGGUGAACGGUAAAUCAUACUCCCAGGCCCGGCUGCUGCUGGGGCAGAUGGGAGCUCUGCACCCAACCAAUCGACUGGCUGCGUUCGUCACCGGAAGGUUGCGCUCUGUAGCAAAGGCCCCUCGGAAGGCCCCUCAAAUGCCUCUCUCCUGCUCACCCAGGUUGAAGAAAACACCUGUGGGCGCUGGGGGCUUAAAGACAGCAGGCACUGCUGUUACUCCUUUAGGCGGUAGUAGGGUUACAUCUAUGGCCCAGAAAGUAUUCCAGACAGCAGCAGGGAAGAACAAGCUUCCUCCCUACAAACCACCAUGGUCCCUAGGUAUCACCAAAUCUAAAGGAAAAACCUCCACUAGUCAAACCACCACCACCACAGACCCUAAAGACCCAGCCGGCUCUCACCUGCUGCUGAUCCCCAUGGCCCCUCCUCCUGCCCCAGACACCUCCCCAGGCUCUCGUCCUGGUGUGGUGCCCCCUGCAGGGAAGAAGAUGCUACUACAGACAGUCGCUUCCUCCCAGGGCUGUAAAACAUAUCAUCAGACCAACGGACAGCUGAUAAAACCGGUACCUCUGAAUCAGAUAUGUCACAUAAAGGCCAAGAAUAAAAAAAAGACCCCUGGUUCUGCUAUCAAGCCGUCUACCCCCAAAACACUCCCCCCUCCCCCUCAUCUCACCUCCAUCCACCCCCAUAGCAGCCCCUCUCCCCACUCCCCCCUCAUAAAAUGAAUCACAAAC